CGGAAGCUAGUCCUACUGUAAAUGGUUCCCGUGCACGUUAAAACAACUUCUGUGCAGUACAGCCGUCAUUGUUGCUUCACAUAUAUUUAAUUCAGAUAAAAUAUAAUAUUAAUUCAACCUCCUGGACGUUUUUGCUCAUGUCAACCAUCUUUAAAAUGAAGGUGAACUUUGUUGUUAUUAUGCGGCUGUUUAAGGAUUUGAAGUGAAGGCAGUCGACACGUUUAAGGUAUCUUUCGGCGGAAAGAAACCAGGACCAUGGAUGUAAAUGGGAGGGUCUAUAGUCGGUCUUGGGACUGGGACAGUCCGCACUGCCGAGCACAACUGGAUGACAUCUUCUUCCGCCCGAACGACUACAUCCAAGCUGGCAGCCCAGAACAUAAAGACUUCUGGGCCUUUUUUGACCGCUUCCAGAGGUUUAAGGUAAAGAGAGACAUGUGUGGACCCGGUCCCAGCCCUGAAGACAGCAGAGGCAGAGUCCAGUCUGGGUCUUUGGACCUCCCUAAGGAGUAUGACGCACGCUACCGUAUCAACGUGUCCGUGUGCACCAAAGACAUCGAGGAGCGACUUGGAAGAUCUCAUCCAAACCACAAGCGAGACCCAUCAGGUCCAGGUCGUCAGCACAUCUCAGACUUCCGGCUGGCACUCCUGCAUUUCCUGGACUUCAGCCAGAGGCAGAGCUUCAGCAAGCUGGCCAAGCUGCGCCGGGAGCAGAAGAACCUACCCAUCUACCAGUACCGAGACCGCAUAGUGGAGAUGGUGAGGCGGCACCCGGUGGUGGUGGUGGCUGGGGACACAGGAUGCGGGAAGUCCACUCAGGUACCCCAGUAUCUCCUCUCUGCCGGAUUCACAAACAUAGCCUGCACCCAGCCCCGGCGUAUUGCCUGCAUUUCCCUGGCCAAGAGGGUCAGCUAUGAAAGUCUCAACCAGUAUGGCUCAAAGGUGGGCUACCAGAUCCGCUUUGAGACCACGCGGACCACCGCCACCAAGCUGAUCUUCCUGACCGAGGGCCUGCUCCUCAGGCAGAUCCAGCAGGAGAAGACGCUGGAGCAGUACCAGGUGCUGAUUGUGGACGAGGUGCACGAGCGACACCUCCACUGUGACUUCCUGUUGGGCGUCCUGCGCACCCUGCUGGCCGAGCGCUCCGACUUGCGCCUCAUCCUCAUGUCGGCCACCAUCAACAUCAACCUCUUCUCCGACUAUUUUGGCGGCGCUCCUGUGCUGCAGGUGCCAGGAAGGCUCUUCCCCAUACAGGUGAUUUAUCAGCCCAUCCCCCAGGAGGAGCAGCCGUCCCGCUCGGAGAAGAUGGACCCUCGGCCUUACCUGCGCAUCCUGCAGGGCAUCGAUCAGCGCUACCCGCCGGAGGAGCGCGGCGACCUACUCGUUUUUCUCAGCGGCGUGGCCGAGAUCGGCACCAUCCAGGAGGCGUGUCAAGUUUAUGCCACUCACACACGGCGCUGGAUCGUGCUGCCGCUGCACAGCACGCUUUCCCUGGCUCAGCAGGACAAGGUGUUCGACAUAGCGCCACCCGGCGUCAGGAAGUGUAUCAUCUCUACCAACAUCGCCGAGACCUCAGUCACCAUCGAUGGAGUACGCUUUGUUGUCGACUCGGGCAAGGUGAAGGAGAUGAGUUUUGACCCCAAGGCCAAGAUGCAGCGCCUGCAGGAGUUCUGGAUCAGCCGAGCCAGCUCAGAGCAAAGGAAAGGUCGUGCCGGCCGCACGGGUCCCGGUGUGUGCUACCGUCUCUACGCCGAGUCCGACUACGAUGCCUUUGCUUCCUACCCCGUCCCCGAGAUCCACCGGGUGGCGCUGGACUCGCUGGUCCUGCAGAUGAAGAGCAUGGGACUCGGAGAUCCGCUUUCUUUCAUCUUCAUCGAUCCUCCUCCCGCUGCCAGCAUUCAGACCGCAAUUACCUACCUCAAGGAGCAGGGGGCACUGGACCACCGCUGCGAGCUGACCUCUAUCGGUACUCUGCUGGCUCAGCUGCCGGUCGACGUCGUCAUCGGGAAGAUGCUCGUGCUGGGCUCCUUGUUCAACCUGGUGGAACCCGUGUUGACGGUGGCCGCCGCCCUCAGCGUCCAGUCACCAUUCCUCCGCAGCUCCCAGCACAACCCUGACUGCACCACCGCUCGCCAGCCCCUACACUGCAACCAGGGAGACCCCUUCACGCUGCUCAACACCUUCAACGCCUGGGUGGAGGUGAAGGGCGAGCGAGGCGGCGGUUCCAGGAAGUGGUGCCGGAGGCGAGGCCUGGAGGAGCAGCGUCUAUACGAGAUGGUCAACCUGCGCCGACAAUUCAAGGAGCUGCUGAGGAGCCACGGCCUGCUGGAAGGCGACGAUGAUGGCGGCGCCUCGGAGGGCGGUGACCGCCAGCAGCGUCGUGAGCAUCUGAAGGAGAGGCGGAAGCUUCAUCAGAUGAAGAGGGACCACGAGCAGCAAGAGGGCACCAAGCGGAAAGUCCUUCGGAUGGAAGAGGGCCAGGAAGGAGAGUUUUCCUCUGGAUCCGACACGGAGGAGACGGGGAGACGGAGAAGCAGGAAGAAGACCAAAGAGGAGUCUGGCGCCAACGUAGACAUCCAGGAAGUGAAAUUCAAGCUGCGUCACAACGUGUCGGAGCUUCGUGACGCAGUCAGUGCCAGUCAGGACCUGUCGUCCCGCCAACAAGCGCUCCUCAAGCUGCUGCUGUGUCGGGGGCUCUACCCGCAGCUGGCUCUGCCGGACGAGCACAACGCCACCCGCAAGGACACCGAGCAGGUUUUCCAUACCAAGAAUAAGCAUGGAAUCGUCAUCCAUCCCACCAGCGUGUUUGCCAGCGACCCUGAGGUGUUGCAUGUGCCUCAGGAUGACGUCCGGGACGUGGGACCAGACAGACGAGACAGCAGCAAACAUCAGCUGCUGGCCUUCGUCACCUUGCUGGAGACCAACAGGCCCUACCUCUCCAACUGCGUGCGUGUUCCUGCGCUGCAGGCUCUGCUGCUGGUGGCCAACACGGUGGACACCAACGCUGACUGCUCCCGGCUGGUGGUGGACGGCUGGCUGGAGCUGCAGCUGAAGGAGCCGGAGGAGGCUCUCAAGGUGCUCUCCAACGCUCUCAAUCUCAGGGCUGAAUGGGAGCGCCUCCUGCUGGCCCAGCUGGGGCAGAGCCCCACCGGCGUGUCUCACAAAGCCACGGGCAAGCUAGGCGAGCGUCUGGUCCGCUUCCUGCUCUACAACGAGAUCAGCUACAGCCUGCAGAGGCUCUCCGCCCUCCAGACCCAGAACCUGUACGUCGGACCUCAGGCCGAGUCGGAUGCGUGUCUCGGCACAGCGGCGGCCGUCAACCCGCUGUUUCCGGGUACUGAAGCCAAGCCUGACCCUGUGAAGGGAGGCCUGCGUGUCACCAGCUUCUUCACCUACAACUGUUUGGCCGACUCCAGGGACCUGUACAGCGAGUGCCUGCGGACCUUCUGGAACUGUCCUCACUGUGACCUCCACAUGCCACUGACCCCUCUGGAGCGCAUGCAGCAUGAGACCACCUGCAGGCCGGCAGGAGAACAGCAGGACGAAGGGGAAGAUGGCGGAAAGCCAGUCUCGUCGUCGUCCUCCCGUUCCAGCCUAAGCAGAGUUUACCACUGCGACGUCUGCAACGAAGACCUGAUCCUCACGUCCACGGAGAUCCUCAAGCACAAAAGGCAGCACAUGUACUCUGCUAAGUAAACCACUCUUAUUAUUAUGAUUACCAGUCUCGCAAUAAAGCAUUAUUUUUGUCAUAUAGCCUGACACUUCCCUCCUCCCAUAAGCGCAAAAAUGACAGCAGUGUAUAAAAUAUAGAGAGAGGGUUUAAUAAUGAUACAAACCCACGAUAUGUAACACCUCAAAGCAGCACAUUGGCACAAAGUCAGAAGUAAGACAGCACGGAAGAUUUAAAAACCUGCCUCAAGGGAAAAAAAACUAACCAAAAUAACACCAAAAUAAAGAUCAUCAGAAUAAAUAUCUUUAUAAAUAAAUAAACAGGUCAUAUCUCAUUAAUUACUUUGAAACUCAUAAUCAUAAUAAUAAAUACGUACAUUUGAAAAUAUGCACAUUGGCAGAAAUGAAAAAGUAGUGAAUACAGAGUUACUUGAAAAUCAAAAAGGGAUUGAUUACUCAAAUAAAAAGGCACAUUUAUUAAGAUGUAAGAAGAAUGGGGGAGGGGUGGGGGGGCCUGGAACACCAUCAGCGGAGCGCAAGGAAGGAAGGAAGGAAGGAAGUAACAAACGUGUGCACGAUGGCUUUACUGCUUUGGUCCAUCUGCAUCUUCAAGUCAGCGUGUGUGUGUGUGUGUGUGUGCGCACGUGUGUGUGUGUGUGUUAGGAGCGCGAGGAUGGGGAAUGGCAGUUUUCGAUUCCUGGAACAACCUCGUGAUGGUAGAGUUGGGGGGGGGGGGCGUGGCCUAAUUGGACACGAUACUGAGAGGAAAACGGACUUGAAUCAUAACUUCCUUCACGUGUCCAUCUUUAACCUUGUCUGGUUCGUUCAUGUUAGGAUUCCAUCCAAUGCCACGGCGGCUCACAAUUUGGCGAGAGAACUCUCUUGCGGAGGGUGGAGCUAGACGUUAUCUUGCAACUUACAUGUCAGAAUGUAAUUGGUUGUACAAAAAAAUGCCAUUUUUAAAGUACGGGACGGGGGAUUACAUUUUUAUCAUAUAAUCCUGUGUUUCCCUACAGGGCUGCAAUCUAUUUGUGGCAGUCGUGGGGAUACAUAUGCAAAUUUGCAUAAAAGGUUAUGCACAUUUCUUAAUUUUUUGUCAAUGUUACAAACAAGACGGAGCUGACUGUGAGUGCUUUUAGAUGGGACGGGGGCCGCAGGAGCACUCACGACUACAAAAAAUCCAUAGAGGUCGGAUUACUCGCUAAAUACAGUCAUCCCUUGUUAUAUCACGGUUGGAACAUCUCCCUCGUUAUAAUAAUAAUAAUAUCAUUAUUAUUAUGGCUGUUUUGUGGGGGACUAUGGCCUAUUAUGAGUCAAAAAUAUUGAAAGACAAAUUAUAUGUAGUAGUAUUGUCACUAAGCAUCAGUCAUCUUAGACAUGAGGUUUGGUGACAGUACUGUUCACACUGCAUGGAGACUGGCUACUGAGUCAGCCGAGCCCUAGCCGACAUGCCUGAGACGGGCACGCCGUGGCUGUUAUCGAGCUGAAAACAAGGUUUCUCCUCUCAUUCUGUGUGGAAGUGGUCCUUCUUCCCCAACCCCAUUUGAAAGACUUUAUAAUAAGUCAAUUGGAGAGGAUAACUAGUUAGAUUUGUCCAUGCAGUGGUCCUGUAGCCUGCACAAUGUGAUGUAAAAAAAAUAAUAAUGAGUGAAAAGUGACUGUAGGGGUGUUAUUUCAUGACUACAGGGCUCUAAUAAUGUUAAAACCUGUAUUUAGAACGCCAUAAACAGGUUUUCUAUGCUCUAACUUUGGAAAUAUUCUGUUUAUUGAUAUUCACGGAAAUUUGCAGGUGGAUCUGGAACCAAUUGCCCGUGAUAAACUAGGGAUUACCGAAUUGCAACAAAGUUGUUAGCUUGGCAACACUGGUCCUGCUUGGUCUUCUUAUUACAUAUUACGCUAUGAUGUCGUGUUGUUAAAGAAGCUAGCGCAGAUAUUAACUGAUCUGAACCCUACAGUAAAUAUACACUACCAGUCAAACCAUUGGAGACGCUUUCUCAUUGAAAAGCAUCGAAAAAUGUCUCCAAACUUUUGACAGGUCAUGGCUCUGUUGUAUUUUGGGGAGGAGCCGGCGAAAAGUCUUGAAUUUUGUUGUUAUUAAGCUAUACUUAAGACGGGGCGGUUGAAGGAUUCCGAUUCCAACAACAAAAACCGUGUUUGCCAUUAAAAACAGAAAAUCAUCACGCAAGAAUAGCCAGGAAUGUUACGACUCAGCAAAAUGUGAAGGGUGGCGGUUUAAAAAAAAAAAUCCUCAGGAGGGAGGAUUUGAAAUUUAAAGCAGCAGCUUUAAGUCUCUUUCGCUUUCUAGUUCACGUUUCCCCACGAGCACGCUGCCGCCGCCACCGCCUCUAUUUGCCAGCCGCUUUGUCGGGUACGCCUGCAGAAUGUGUAGCCACAGCUGUAUGGAAGAUGAUGAUGCUCACUUUUAAAGAUGAAUAUCUUUCGUUUCAGAUGACAUUAGAUUGGGCAGGCGUACCUAAUGUUGCGCUUUGCUCCUGCUCCCAGUAAGACAACAGCAUUCACUUAGUCAUCACCUUAGAUGAGCCUAACGUUGACAUACAAAAAUACUCUUUAAAUACAUUGUUCAUUGCACUUUCCUCCAUAGAUUAGUUAGUCAGAUUUGUUUUUCUU